GCGGGAUGGGGAGGGAACGGGAUGGCGAGCCUGUCCCUUGUGGCCCGCAGGACUCCGAGGAGCGGGAGUGGAACAAGCGGGCCGCCCGGCUGCGGGCCGAGCUGGAGCGGGAGCGGCGUCUGGACGAGGCGCUGCGGGCGGCGGAGGAGAACAGGAGGCAGAGAGCGCUGCAGCUGGAGCGGGAGCAGAAGCUGGCGGCUGAGAUGGCCAGGAGGGACCUCGAGAAGAUGAAGGACGAGAAGCUCAGGCAACAAGUCAGAGCCAACAGUCUUGAACUUCGAGAGUUAGAAAGAAAGCUAAAAUAUGCCUAUAUGAAUAAAGAACGAGAUGCACAGAUGGCUGAAAAAAAAGCUUUUUACGAUGAGAAACUGAAAUGGGAGGAUGAAAUAGCCCAAGAGAUGAAGGAAGAGCACGACAGGUUAAUGCAAGAAGAACUUGCUGCAGAAAUGAGGCGAAACCAGGAGAAGAUAAUGUACCAUCAGGAACUGGACAAACAGCUUGAGGAACAGGAGAGGAAGAAGCAAAAGGCCUAUGAAGAGUUUCUGAGAGAGAAGCUCAUGAUUGAUGAGAUUGUAAGAAAGAUCUACGAAGAAGACCAAAUGGAAAAACAACGAAAGUUAGAUAAAGUGAGAGAAACUCAGAUGUAUAUUGAAGAAUAUAUAAAAGAACAAGCUAUGUGGAGGAGAAAGAAAAAGGAAGAGAUGGAAGAAGAAAAUAGGAAAAUUAUGGAGUUUGCCAACAUGCAGCGACAAAGGGAAGAUGACUGGAUGGCUAAAGUUCGAGACACUGAGGAGAAAAAACAGAAAGUUCAAAACAUGGUUGCGGAGACAAUGGAAAGGGAACAACAGAAGCGUCAAGAACAGGAACAAAUCCGCCAAGAGCUGUAUCUGGAAGAACAAGAGGAGAUGGAAAGGAAGAAGGAGAUGGCAGAAAUUGAGAAGAGAAUAAGGCAGCGCCUGGAGCUGAGGCAAACAUACGAGGAGCAGUUUGCCAUGAAGGCGGCAGCACAGCGAGCGCUGCGGGAGGAGGAGGAAGCUUUCCGCCAGCAGAUGCUGGCCAGGCUGGCGGAGGAGGAUCGGCUGGAGGAGCUGAACGCUCAGAAACGCAGGAUGAAACAGCUGGAGCACAAAAAGGCCGUGGAAGAAAUCCUGGAAGACCGUCGCAAACAGUUCAUUGCAGACAAAGAGCGGGAAGUUGAAGAAAGAGAGUUAGAGAAGAGAAGACAAGAAAGCAUCCGUGCAAUUGUUGAAGAGGAGAGGCAGAAACUCCUGAAAGAGCACGCCUGGAAACUGCUGGGUUAUCUGCCUCGAGGGAUAAUCAAAGAUGAAAAUGACAUUAACAUGCUUGGAGAAGAUUUUAGGUUGGCUUUCCAGCAGAGAAGAGGAAAACCCAUUUUGAACAGUCACAAAGAAUAAAAGAACUAACCAUGGAAGGAAAACUUACCUGCUCCCAUUUCGUUUCCAACAGCUGGAAUAAUAUCAUCAUCAGGACAAUCUGCCUUGACUUUGCAACCUGCAGAGCUGAAGCUUCUCAGCCUAAAGCCCCUGAAAGCUGUGGUACCUUACUGACCCUCUGCUGUCCUGUGAGCCCAAGAUCACCCAGAGCAGAGGAGUAACCCCUGAGGGCCUCAUGUUUCCCACAGACCCAAGGGUGCUCUCUCAGGUUGCCUCAGGUGCUGCAUUUCUGUAUUUCUGCCUUGCCAGCUCCCUGGGCCUCCUUCCAUUGAAGGGGUUUACAGAGCUGAGCUGUCAGCCUUGAGAGGUGAUGGAGCAGAAAGCAGCAGUUUCACUGUUGUAAUAUUAAUCACAUAUGUUUACUGAUAAUUCCUGGUGCAAGUAAACAGAGACAGCCACAUGGUGGAGCUGACUGAGAAGGACCAAAAGUUUGAUACAUUUAUUUAUACAAAUAGAGAAGCAUACAUGAAUAAAAUAACCUGAUAGACAAAAAUAGCAACUAAAAGAUUUUAGAAAACCAAAAAAGAUGUCUGAUAUACCUUGAAGUGGUUCUUUUUCCCUUACUUCCAGAGUACUGUCUGUUCUGAUCUGUGGGUGCAGCAGCACACUUCUUCUUGCUUGCUACCUACAAAUUUUUUCAGAAAGGAGUGAUUUAUUUUUUUUAAUUCGAUAGGAAUUAUUUUUUUCUAGUAUGGAUUUUUUUUUGCGGUUUCUUUUUCUUUCUUUAUCACAUAUCCAGAAUCAAGGAUAUUUUUCAAAGGGUGCUUUUCAGGCUUUAUAAAGUUUUAUUUGCACUCAUCUUUAUCUCACCAUUUUUAUGUCUGUAUGCCCUAAUUGUCAAACAUGCAGUAGUCAUUGGCUUGUUUUUGCACACAUACUCAGAAUAAAUCUAUGCACAAGCAAGGCUCUGAGCUGUUAUCAAGGUAUUAAUUAUUGCACUGUCAUCAGAGUGCAUUUUUUUGAAAAAUGCUUAUCAUACUUUAAAAAAUAUGGUAUUUUAUGCAUUAUUUUCAUCUUAUAAAUUCCCUGUAGAAGGAAGUUCUAACAGUAUUUCUGUUACUUUCACACAAAUAACCUUAAAAAAAUUAGAGGUGUUUCUACUGUGUCCUGAUAAAUAACUGCAGAUGGUGUUUUGGAAGCUUUAGCUCACCUCCUAAAAGAUUUGAUAUAGUUGUAAUUACAGACUAUUGAGUUUGUUCCUAAUCUCAGUCUCAUUUUUCCAUUGUUUCCUAUUACAUCUAGAUGAUACUAAUACUGCCUUUACUAUUAAACAGCUGAGGGAGGGAAGGGAAUAAAGCUGGAAAAUAAUUAUAUUCUAAUAUUCUGCACUUGGAAUUCUUAAUUUGAUGUUCUAAACACUGAACACUUCCAUCAAGACUUUAUAGAAGAGGAAACUUAGACUACAAAAAUUCAAGUCCACGAUGUAAGUCCACUUAAGCACCAUUGGCACCGAGAAACAAACCCUGGUAACGCCGUGCCUGUGGCACUGCUUUGGGCACCACCUCCUUUUGGCCUCCCACCCAUGGAAAGUCCCCAGUGUAGCACAGCCUCAAACCCAAAAGUUCUAUGUGGAAACUAGACUAGAAUAAAAUUUAACCAGGAUAGUUUUGACUUCGAUACCUUGGCAUGGGAGUGUGUAGGAGAUGAAACUUCAGGACUGGAGUGGAAGAGUGGAUCUCUGCAAAAAAAAAGAGAAAAUUUAAAAAAUAAAAAUUCACUGAACAUCUAUAAUAAAAUAAACACAACUGAAAUUCAACCCCUCUGUUGGAAUAAGGAGAAUAACAUUUUACAUGUCCAGAAUAAACAAUAGAGCUAAGGUAGGAACAUAUCCUAAAUUCAAGCAUAAAUUCAGUCUCAUUCUGUCUUUCCGUUCUACCUCAUUUGCCACCUCAAUCACCUGGUGAAUCUAUCAUGUAAUGUAACAGUUACUUAUCUGCCAGACACUUGAUCUUAGCUCUUGGAAUGCAGGCUCCUGGUUUAUUAGAUCCAUGAUUCCCUGCACCAGGGAGUACUCAGCCAGUGUGAGGGUUAUCAGCCUCAACAAGAACUGUUUCCAAAGCUCACCACCAGCUCCCUGGGCAAACACACCCCCCACAGGCAAAUCCCUGAGCUCAGACACAGAACCAGUGUCCUCUGCAUCCCAGCAGGAGAGAGAGCUCACCUAUCCCAGUAGGCUCACACUGACUGUGGUCAAGUCCAUUGACAACAAUCUCUAUCAAAUGAGAAUGAGAUGGAGCAAUUUAUAAAUUAAACCUCACAGAAUGUUCUCUGAAGUAAGUAUUAUAAACAUUGUAUCUGUUUUACAGAUUGGGGGAAAAAACCAGGAAUUAAAAAGGCAGCUUUCUUAUCUGCUUAUUUGGCUGAAAACUGUGCUUCUUAGUAACUGAAUUUCAGGUUAAAUGAUUAUUUUUCAAGUCUGUUGAAAACAAGCAGAAAGUUUUAGCCUGCUGUGUAAUAUUCAGGUCAAGUUUCUUGUUAUAUACAUACAUAUAUAGCUUUUUUGCUUGCAAAGUGAGCUGUAUGAAUGUGUAUUAUUGCACUGAAAGGAUACUUUUUUACUACCCUUUAUAAUUGUUUUACUUCAGUUAAAAUGCUGGCUUAUAAAAGAUUUGGAAUAAAAUUUAAAUUUCUGGCUCAUCAAGUCACCUAAUUUUUUUGCCAGGCUGAUUUGAGCAAAUGUUUAGAUCCUGCCUUUAAAAAUUUCACAGACAUUCAUCAACAAGAAUUAUCUGCACAAAGCUCCGUAUUUUAUUAAUUAAAAAAAAAAAAAAAAAAGGAAAAAAAACCUGGAGAAAUCAUCUGUGUGUGGUUGGCAACAGACUUCAAGAAUAGGAUGAUUAGUUUUUGUCUAUUUACCCUAUUUUCCUCAUGCUUCCUUCCUAUUGGCUCGCUCUAGGAGCAUGCAGAAGGUGAGGAUUUGCUGCCACAGAAAUAGCAGUUAUGCAGUUAUGUGUUAUUCUCAAAAAUAGGAAAAUACAACACUCUCUAUAUUCAGGAAAACAAUGAUGUUCUUUCCAUCAAUAGGCUAAUUUGUUCCUACUCUAUCUGUUGUCUUAUGGCCUUCUUAAAAAACAAGAAAAAAACCAAAACUACAAUACCCUACAAACGAACAAAGCAAACCAAAAAAACUCGACCUCGUGGUAUCUCUCAAAUUCUCCAAGGGUUUCUUUCCUCUUCCCCACACGUGACAAUCCAUUUUCACAAGCUGUAAUACAGUUCUGUGGUGAUAUGGUAAGUGAAAUUAGCGUGUAAAGCCUGAGAAGGUGCACAAAUGAGUGGGCAGAGCAUCGUGGCAGCCCUGACACAGAAGCUCGUGUGGAACAAUUCCAUCGCUGCGUGUAAACAGGCGGUGCGUGCAUGAGCAAACCCUUUGUGCUGCUAAUCCCAGCCCAGCCUGGGCCGUGCCUGCCCAUGCGCGGGCCCUUCCCAGCGCCUUCAGCCUGCCAGUGUCUGGAGAGGGAAAGUGUAAACAAAAGCUGAUUUCAAUGCGGUGUCACUGGCGCUGCUUUGUUGCUAAGUAAUUCAAGUUUCCCUGCGAAAAAUAUGCUGCAAGAACUCCGGAACAACUUAUUUUCCGAGUGACUUAAGUAUUUGUUGGGUUUUUUCCUACAUAUCUGUGUUUCCAUUUAACCUUCCCCCCUCCACUACCUCUUUCUUUGCUUCAAUUCCUCCCUUUCUUUCCAGUUCAGUGUUCAUUCUCCUUAUAAGGAAUCAAUAGAAAUUUCAAAGAGGUAUUUAAAAAAUAUAUCUCAAGUGCUUCCCUUAGAUUUAUGACCUAUGUGCUUGCACAAUUUAGAAAUAAAAGAAUUUUUAAUUAAAUAUUAAAUACUUGGAACUAAUCUAAUUGAAUGGCCUCAAUGUUCACUCAUGGAUAAUCAGUGUGCCUAAUUCCUAGCACACAUUUCUAAUUUUUUUCACUACAGCAUGGGAUUUCAAACCUUCCCUCACAUAAAUGUUUACCAGAACAUAGGCUGUGGUUGCUUUAAGGUGUUUUAAUUUCUGUAGGUAAUUGUUAGAUCAGCUGCUACUCUAACAGGCUAAUUUUCAAUAUUUUUUUUAAUUCUUCCACACUCCCUCAUUUAUUUCUAAUGUGUAUCAUCAAAGCUUUUAAACUCCUUUGGUGGAGCUGGAUCCUCUGAUCGCAUUACUUCAUAAAACAGCCCUAAAACUCAACUCCAGUUUGAAGUUUUUAAAAAUCUUCUGUUUAAUGUUCAAAAUUCAUCUAACAGAUUAUAAACCUAAAGUGAGAUCCAGAAUUUGUUUGCAAAGCAUGAUUAUACUGGUAACACAUUAAGUUGCUUGCCCCCCUGAUCCCUCAGCUGUCAGAUAUGGCUUUAAAAUAGCUCAGGACUAAUUUUAACUGUAGUUAACUUUUUCUGGUAGACAGGCUUCUAUCAUAGAAGCUGUGACUUGCUGUCACACCUUUUUGUGUACUGAAAACCCCUUUUACUUUCAUAAAAACUCCUUAAUGAUGUCACUGCUUUUAUCCUGCACAAAAGUAACUAUUUGAUCAUCUCUAUCAGACUUUCAUAUACACUAUUUGAAAAGUUUCCCAACUGCAGCUUAACAGCUGAGGCAUCUUGUAGUCUGUCCCCAUAUCUUUCUUUCUUGGAUAAGUGGCAUCAUGAAUUUAGGAACCUACAGAUCAGAUCCUUGAUAAACUGUGUAUCAGUCUAUCCUAAAUUCAUCCACUUUCCACACUAUCAAUAUAGAAACCCUUCAUAAUGGCCAGUCUUCACGAGUGAAGAUCUGGGGAAGGUUUUUACACCUUAAGAACUAAGUAAUAAUGCCCCCGAACAAUUAAGUGAACAUAAGCCAUGUUCCCAUUCCUGAUCCAAGGAGUUUGGACACCCAGCCAAACCCCACAGCUCCACGUGUGUUCAUCCAGGCCAAAGGCACGUGGGCCCCAGCAGUGCAAUGGUACCCACGUUCCAGAGGGUGGCAGCUCAGUGUUUGCCUGUCUUGGGGUUUUGUGUGCGCUUUCAUCAAGCACUUCCUGUCCCAGGAACAUUUGGCCCAAGUUACAUGUGAACAAGUAUCUGUUCCUUUGCCUGCUCAGCUGAACUGUUAAAAACCAUCUAUUGCAAAGAAACCUGUUACUGUACCUUGCUUCUUUACAGAGGUCAGCAGUACUUACUAUCCUUGAUAGAACAUUCCAGCAAAAUUAAGGCUUCCUUGAAAUAACAAGGAACAACACUUGCUUGGAUUUUUGGUUUUUUUAAAAGUAAUAGGAAAAAAUUUAGACUCUACCAAUCCAGUAUGCCACAAAGACAGAUAAAACAGGAGCAUGACGAGGGCACGAGUGAGGGUGUGCAGGAGCAGUGUGGGGUUCCCCACCAGUUAUACACAGCAGCUGUAAAGCACAUACCUCUGUCUGUCAUCAGGUGACUUAGACUGUACUGAAGCUGGUCGAGAUAGUAUCUUCUGUUGGCCUUUCUUUAUUAAAGAAGAAAAAAAAGGAGUCAGUUUUGGGGGAAUAUAAUCCAUUAAAGAUGAAUUACCCAUUUGUAAAUCACAAUAACUACUGUCUACUAUGGAAAAGAAUGGAAACUAUACUCUACUGUGGAAAAGAACUUUGCAAACACAGGAAAAGAUGGCUAAAAAUGAAAACGCUGUUGCUAUUUUGUUGUUAAAUGUAUAUCUCUGCAAUCUGGCACUGCCAUGUGGUAUAUUAAGUGUCCUAAGAAUAUUUCAUCUUCUGCUGUAUUUAGGGAAGGGAAAAAAAAAGUGGUUUUGUUGUUGCUGUUUUCUAAAGGAAAGAGACUAGAUGCUAUUUUGGCCGUUUCAACUGCUUCUGUUCAAAUGCCAAGCAGCUACCCUCAGCUUGUCACUGCUCAAAAGAACAGUAUGUUCACAGGCCAUAAAAAUGAAGUUUCAACAGCAGGAAAAGUGCAUGCAAGUAUAGAUUUCCAGAAGACUUAAUAAUUUGCUUUUAAAGCCUUAUUUAUUUGAAUUAGUGUACUUACAGUGAAUAUAUCUAAUAUGCAGAACGCCUUCCCUGGACUGGUUUGGGUAUAAACCAUACCUGCCCCAUUCCCUUUUUAUUCAUUUGUCCCAUUUUUGUAUGAAUCUUGAUUCUCAUCUGGCACAGAGCUACUCCAAUGUUAAAAGAUAAUACUGACAAUAAAUAGGAGCUUUUGCUGUUUUAAGAACGUUUCCUUCUUACUAAAUUUACAUUUUCUAUUUAUGUUGCUUAUUCUUUGUAUUUCUUUCAUAUUGAACAAUGUGUAUCCUAUUUCACUAGGAAGUUAUUGCAAUACAAUUUGGUUUUCAAAUACUAAUUUUUAUUUAGCAUUUAAUACAGGAGACCACCUACAGAUCCUUUUCUUAAAGUUUUUUAUGUGGUUUUAUGUCUAUAUCUGCACAAAUGUUCUAUGCACCUGUGUGAAUACCUACCUAAUGAAAUGAUAUUAAAACUAGUUUUGCAUGUUUUUAGUAGAAGUUUACAGCCUUUGAAAAAAAAUAAAAAUGAAAGCUUAUGUUGCAUUUGAAAGCAAAAUAGUUUUAGUACCCAUGGUGUAAAUAAUUUCUUUUUAAGUUUGACCCUGUGUGCAUGUGAAUCAAGGCUAAAUCAUGUAUCACUCUGUAUAACAUACCAUCAGCUCUUCAGCCUGACGCACCAGUUUUUCUGUUUUGGCUUCUAAUUCUGCAUUCAGUCGCCUGAAAGAGUAAGAAUGCUUGUCACUGAGUUUUUGAAAGGUUUAAGAGAAAUAAAUGUAAGCAUGACAGUAUUUCUGCCUAAACUAGGUGAAAUUUUAAUAAUUCCUAUA